AUGCCUGCAUAUUUGAUGACCAUUCGGAGAAAACCAACAAAGACGAUGAGCGUUCGACAAAAAUACCCAGGGUUUCUACCACCCCGAUUUGAUGGGAUAUUUCGUCCACAAACAACGACCACUUCUAAGAUAUUCAAUUCCUCAGUCUAUCCCACAGGCGUUCGCACUAAAUCUUUACAGAAUAUACAAAGUCAAAAAACGACAUGUAUGUUUGACUUCACUAAGAAAGAAAAACCCGAAAUAAAAUGUACGACUAGCCAAGAGAUAAGAAAAUCAUGUACGCCUGGGCUCUCACCUCGAGGAUUUCGAGAUACACCCCGAUCUGGUCGAUCGUUCAGAGAUGGUGGAUGUAAUUGGGUCACAACAGAGCAGAAACAAAAUACACCUGACGUUCGUGACCAUCUGUACAUUAACACCUUCUUUCCAGAAGAGCGUCCUAUGAGAUAUCGUGAAUUAACAUUACCGUCAAUCCAUCAAGAUCGACCAUGGUCAGUUAGUGAAGGAAAUCCAUCUAAACGUUUCAGUAAGCAUGACGCUCAUCAACUUAUUGGUACAGACAGCCGUAGACAACAUAAACCACGAAUAGGUUUGGCGGGAACAAGCAAAAAAGAUUCACCAGACACAAAUUUGUUGUCAGUGUCUUUUGAUGUUAAACAGAUCCCUAAUCCAAACAAAGAACAAGAUAUUCAACAUUCAAAAGGAUUCGCAAACGGUGUUCGUCGCAUCUACAACUCACCAAACUAUCCGAAGAGACCAGUGGCCUCGGAACCAGGGAGAUAUCGACCAUUUUCCACUGUAAAUAUUCACAAAUCACGUCAAAUUUCUGCGCAAGUUUCAAAUUCACCGAAACAUUUUGUGUCGGUCAAUCAAUAUAUGAAAUACGUUGAAGAUAAACUAUUUGAAGAACGUGUGAAAGUUUCCAAUCCUACAAAUACAGCUGAAUUAUGUCCCAGAACAGGAAUAAAUACAUCACUUUCUCAAUACCACGAUCCAACCAUUCGAGCCCUACAGUCUGUUAUCCAUGUUAAUAUGCCAUCAUCUAAGGGACAUUCAUCUUCUGGAAGUUCAUCGUCGUUGACGUCGACUGGCAGUAGAUAA